AUGCGUGGGCUCUCAUCCUUGAUGAUUCUCGAACAGCUCAUGUACACCAUCGAGCCCGAACAUCCUCCGGGGCCGUGCGAAUACUUCGACAUGAUUGGCGGGACCAACACCGGCGGGCUGAUCGCCUUCAUGCUAGGCCGACUGGAGAUGACAAUGGACGAAUGUAUCGACGCUUACCUCUCCCUCUCCGAUCAGAUCUUCCAGAAGAAUGCCCAUCGAGUGACGACCCAGGGCAAGAUUCAAGGACGAUUCGAUUCGAAUAAGCUGGAAGAAGCGAUCAAAGAGGUGGUGAGAACGAGGAAGCUGCAAGAAUACACAUUGCUGAAGAGCGCAGGACUGAGCCUAGGCACUGCCACUUGA